AGUUUUAUUUCAGCGCACAAACUGAGAUACUGUGCUAUAUGAUAAUGGAGUCCCAUAAAGUAUUUGGGAGAGACAGAAUAUUCUCUCCCAAAUGGCUAAAACUUUCAUUCUCUCCAAUUACUCUCUUCUUUGGAGGUGAAGCUGUUUGUUUUCCUUGCAUGACAGCUGAUUCAAAGGCAGAAACUUUCACUGUAUGGCUGAAGUCCCUUAUCAUGCAAGGAAAUGGGCUAACUGUUAUCAAUGGAAAUGGUCAGAUUGUUUACCGCAUAGACAAUUAUGAUGAGAAGAGCAGCAGGGAAGUCUUUCUGAUGGAUAUCCGAGGGAAACUUCUCUUUACGGUGCGUCGAAAGAGAAUUUGGUUUCUGUGUGAUUGGGAAGGAUACAAGGAGGAAAAUGGUGUAAACACAGAGGAAAGAAAACCAUUCUUUAGAAUGAAAAAGGUUCUCAGAUUUUUCAGUAGAAAGUUAAGCUGUGAUGUAAAAUUACGUGGAGAUGAAUCUCAGGAAAGUUUCUGCUAUAGGUUCGAAGGGUUUUGGGGCAAAACAGCAUUCAGAAUAUUUGACAGCCGAGGAGGACUUGUUGCAGAGACAAAGAGAAAGCAAACAUCUUUAGGAGUUCAAUUGGGAGAAGAUGUUAUGAGUUUGGUCCUGGUACAGACUAAUCUAGAUCAUUCCCUAGUCAUGGCUCUCGUGACUGUGUACCUAUUGAUUCAACAUAAAAUGUGAUUCAUUUAUUUCAAAAGAGAGAACAAGGAGACAAACCUGAAACCACGUCCGAAAGACUCUGUGAUGUGUCUGUGCUUCCCGCAGCCAAUGUUGCAAAGUGGACCCAAAAUGGCCAACUUCUUGACCAAUCCUACCUGCAACACCUUUUUAGUGUCUUUUUCCCAUUCAAUUCUUUCAGGAGAAUUAGAGCAGCCAUUGAAAAGAUUGUAAUGCAAUUCUUUUAUUAUAUCUGUAAAUCAGACUCAUAAAUCUUGUAAGUGAUUAA